AAGUAAAGGAGGAAAAAAAAGGGGGAAAAAAUAGAAAGCGGCGGCGGCGGCUGCAGCAGCGAUCCGCCGCCGCACUGGGCCAGGCCGGGCGGCGGACGCGCGAGCCGGCGACCCAGGGGAGAGGCUGCGGCCAUCCAGGGCGGGCCGGGUUAAAAAAAAAAGUCGCGGCGGCGGCGGCUACUCAGGGAAGGAGGCCCGAGGGCCGCGAAGAGCGGGCGGGGGGCGGCUGCGCUGCGUCCCGGAGCCUAGAGCCGCCGGGAGCCGGCCGGCGGGCGAGAGGGCGGAGGCGGCUGCAGGAGCAGCGGCGGCGGCGGCGGCGGCGGCAUCUCCUCCUCACAUGACCCCACUGUUUGUCCCCGUGAUCAGCGCGAGCGGCUCCCGUGUCUCCUCCGUCCCCUCCUGCCGCGCGGCGUGAGCGCCGGGCUCGGGGCCCCCCCGGCCGCCCGCCCCCUCCCCUCCCUCCCUCCCCUCCCCUCCCCUCCCCCCCGGGCCCGGCGCCCCCCCCGCCCCCACCCCCCCCAUGGACAUGCUGGACCCGGGUCUGGAUCCUGCUGCCUCGGCUACCGCUGCUGCUGCCGCCGCCAGUCACGAUAAGGGACCCGAGGCAGAGGAGGGCGUCGAGCUGCAGGAAGGCGGGGACGGCCCUGGGGCGGAGGAGCAGACGGCGGUGGCUAUCGCCAGCGUCCAGCAGGCGGCGUUCGGCGACCACAACAUCCAGUACCAAUUCCGCACAGAGAAUAAUGGAGGACAGGUGACAUACCGCGUAGUCCAGGUGACUGAUGGUCAGCUGGACGGCCAGGGCGACACAGCAGGCGCCGUCAGCGUCGUGUCUACGGCUGCCUUCGCGGGGGGGCAGCAGGCUGUGACCCAGGUGGGUGUGGAUGGGGCCACCCAGCGCCCCGGCCCCGCUGCUGCCUCUGUGCCCCCAGGUCCCGCAGCGCCCUUCCCACUGGCUGUAAUCCAAAAUCCCUUCAGCAAUGGUGGCAGCCCUGCAGCUGAGGCUGUCAGUGGGGAGGCACGAUUUGCCUAUUUCCCAGCGUCCAGUGUGGGAGAUACCACGGCUGUGUCCGUACAGACCACAGACCAGAGCUUGCAGGCUGGAGGCCAGUUCUAUGUCAUGAUGACGCCCCAGGACGUGCUUCAGACAGGAACGCAGAGGACAAUUGCACCCCGGACACACCCCUACUCCCCGAAAAUCGACGGAACCAGGACACCACGGGAUGAGAGAAGGAGAGCUCAACAUAAUGAAGUGGAGCGGAGGCGGAGGGACAAGAUCAACAACUGGAUCGUCCAGCUUUCAAAAAUCAUUCCAGAUUGUAAUGCAGAUAAUAGCAAGACAGGAGCGAGUAAAGGAGGGAUCCUGUCGAAGGCCUGCGACUACAUCCGGGAGCUGCGCCAGACCAACCAGCGCAUGCAGGAGACCUUCAAGGAGGCCGAGCGGCUGCAGAUGGACAAUGAGCUCCUGAGGCAGCAGAUCGAGGAGCUGAAGAACGAGAACGCUGUGCUCCGUGCCCAGCUGCAGCAGCACAACCUGGAGAUGGUGGGCGAGAGCGCCCGGCAGUGACGCCCUCCGCCCCGUGCGGCGGGGGCCGCCUCCGGGCCCCUGCCGUCCCUUUCCCCAGCCCUUAGCACAGAGAGGGACAGACGCCCCUCCCCCAGCUGCGUUUUUUUAUAGUAGAUUUUUAACAAAAAACGGGGAGAAAUAAUGCAUUUCUGUGGAUAAGCACCCACUGCUCUCCUCAACUUGGAAACAAUAUCCUCCCUUGCCCGUCUGUCUGUCUCCCUUCUCCCGGCCCCCCCUCAGCCCUGACACUUCUAGUGGUCUCACCUGGAGGCAAGAGGGAGGAGGACAGAGCCCCUGCCAUACCCCACCGCCUCCUUGGACUCUAGAGGUACUGAGACAGGGUGCUUAUGGGAAGGAGGGGAGCCUUUGGGGGGCCAGCCCUGGGGCCUGGACCUAAGCAGGGAGGCCAUGUCCCACCCCACCUCUUGUUUCUGGAACCCUGCUCCCCUUUGGGUGUGUGAGUGUGUUCUAAUUUUCUUUAUGGAAAAAAUGGACAAAAAAAUAGAGAGAGAGAGAGGUAUUUAACUGCAAUAAACUGGCCCCAUGUGGCCCCGCCUUGUC